AGCGUCGUCGCCGCCGCGGUGGUGGUGCUGGUGGUGCUGGUGCUGGUGCUGGUGGAUUGUCUGCCUACCCCAAAGAGGAGGACGCGACGCGACGCGACGCGACGCGUACGUGGAUCAAAACACUUGGGAUUUUUUUAAAUAAAGACGCGCAGAUCAAUGAAGAUGACACAGCCAAUAUAUUGGGCUAUGCUGGUUGGGAUGGCCGUCCUGUUGAUAGGGCAAGGCUUGCCCGCCGUCCACAGUCAAGGCCAGUCUCAAUACGACAAAAACUUGAUGGACAAUAUUACCGUCAGACAAGGAGAAACAGUCACUCUCAGGUGCGCACAGGGGGAAAUUGUCACACACACGGCCUGGCUAAAUGGCUCAAGUAUACUAUAUGCCGGAGAUGAAAAAUGGUCCGUGGAUGCAAGGGUGAGUCUGGUGACACUUAAUCAAGAGGAGUUUACCAUCAAGAUUGAAAAUGUGGACAUGACAGAUGAGGGCCAGUACGUCUGUGCUGUGCAGACCAGCAGGCGACCUACAACCAAUGUUGUGCACGUCCUUGUUCAAGUCCCACCCAAAAUCGUCAAUCUAUCGAGAGAUAUGGUGGUUAACGAAGGCUCCAAUGUCAGCGUGCUGUGCCGAGCCAACGGGAAACCCGAACCUUCCAUUAGCUGGAAACUCAUCUCACCUUCAGCCGACCUGGAAACAAACAGCGAGUACCUGCGAAUCCCGUCCAUCGCCAGACACAGAGCGGGAACGUACGAAUGCAGAGCUGUCAACGACAUCGCCGCAGAUGCCCAAACGCUCGACAUCACCGUCAACUACGCUCCCACUGUGUCUGAGGGAAGAGACAUUGGCGUUAGACUGGGACAACCAGGCGUGCUGGAGUGUGAGGCUGAUGCCGUGCCUGAAGCGGACUUUGAGUGGUUUAAAAAUGACAGAAGAUUCCUCAAUGGCUUUGACGGCAUGGAGAUAGUAAACACCGGCUCACUCUCCAAACUGACAUUCUUUAACGUUUCCGACGGUGACUACGGCAAUUACACCUGUGUUGCCGUCAACAAACUUGGGACUUCCAAUACAAGCUUUAUUAUGUAUGUGGCAAUUGAACCCACUAGCUCAACACUAUUGCAAGGUCCGAGAGCAGUUCAGGAUGGCAGCGGAUCGGCCUUGGGCAUGCACAUAGACGCCUGUCUCCUCUCCGUGGUGUUUCUGCUCUUUCUGCUCAAACUUUGAAGAAUGAGACGUACAUAUUUCCCUUUCAAUUUGCAAACAUACUACUUCUGCUCAGCAGUCCACAAAGCUGCACCGUUGAUACACGUGAUAUCGAUUAUAUGCAGUUUCCAUUUUGUUGAAUUGGAGGAUGGCACAAUUGAAUUGGAUUUUCUCCUAACGUUCAGAAGAAUAUUUGAUGAUAGUCCAAACGACUGUGAAUGCUACGUCAAAUGCGGGAUAAGGCGUUUUUUUAAGCAAGUGUUGAAAAUGAAUCUUAAAUACAUACCUCAAGGUCAGCUGGAGAAGAAAAGUGAAACGGAUUUAGCUUAGCUCUUUUUUUUGUAAAAUCAUUUCAUUGUAUUUAUUUAUUUUUGAAACUAUAUGAAGUUGUAUUUAUUUCGGCAAUAUUUUGGUUUUGCCGAGUGUUUGUUGUUCCUUUUGUUUUUACUAACAAAGACGAUCAUUCAAGAUAGAAAGAGACUGGUGGGGGUUUUUUUUUUGGGUGAUAUGGGGUUCAAAUGCAACUCAACUGUUGGACUGUUUUAACACCUUUACAUACAAAUGGAUAGGUUUGGUAAUAUGCACAUUUUUGAUCACCCAAAGAAUUAAACUCAGCUAUUGUCACAAAAUGGUCCUUUUCAUUCAACGUUCCAUGACUAAAUCUAUCGCCUUGGUUAUUUCUACAGCUACAUUUGAAAUGAAAAAAAGCACGAGUAUUUUCUUAUUGAGAAAGGGCUGCUUUUGAAGCGGAAUCACGUCGUCACUCCCAGCCUUGAAACUGGCUGGCCUUCGUUUCCACGGCGACGGCUUUAUUUCUCACGAUUACUUUUUCCAAUAUUUACUUUGGAACUCAGAGGAAACAAACAGUGUUGGCCCAAUCAUUUCCUAAAUGUAAUGAGUUACAGUCUGUCACUAAUUAUUAGGGAAAGUCAUUUUUGCAUUGCUUUUUCAAAACCGAUUUUUGAUCAGGUGUCAAUACAGUUGCAUCCA